UCAGACUGGCAGUCCCCUCCAGAAGCCAUUAGGCAGGAAGGUGUGAACAUCCCCAGCGCUCACAUCCCCAGAACCCCCUGGUGGAGCCUUGGCCUGGAGCCAGAGUCCUAGGACAGACCUAUUGGUCCUCUGUGGGAACACCUCCCCUGCCCUGACCGCUACCGAGCCCUGAGUCACAGCGGAAGUACUGAAAUCACUUCAGUAACAACAGCAGCCAUAGCAGCAACAGCAGGACUCCACCCCACAAUUGAGCAAUCUCAUCCACCACUCACUUCCUCCACUGGGUUCUCAAUACCGCCACCCUUGCAGUCAGGCACAUCUGCUCUUCGGAGGUGUCCUACAGGUGAAAAGCCCAGAGUCCUGGCUGCAAAUAUGGCAUACAUGAUUAUAAAAGAACUUCCGGAUAAUUACACCUGGGACGAUUUCGAAAAUUACAGUUACUCUGACGUACCCAUUUCGCCAAACUCUGUCCCAUGUCAGCCAGAAUCUCUGGAUAUCAACAAGUAUGCUCUGGUGGCCAUCUAUGCCCUGGUCUUCUUGCUAAGCCUUCUGGGAAACUCCCUGGUGAUGCUGGUUGUCUUAUACAGUCGUGUCAACCGUUCUGUCACUGACGUCUACCUGCUGAACCUGGCUAUUGCCGACCUGCUCUUCGCCCUGACCUUGCCUAUCUGGGCUGCCGCCAAGGCAACAGGCUGGAUCUUUGGCACACCCCUGUGCAAGAUGGUCUCACUCCUGAAGGAAGUUAACUUUUACAGUGGAAUUCUACUACUGGCCUGCAUUAGCGUGGACCGCUACCUGGCCAUUGUUCAUGCCACACGCACUCUGACUCUGAAGAGGCACUGGGUCAAGUUCAUAUGCUUAGGCAUCUGGACUCUAUCUCUGAUCCUGUCCCUGCCCGUCUUUGUCUUCCGCAGGGCCGUCUACCCGCCUAAUACUGGCCCAGUCUGCUACGAGGAUCUGGGUGCCAAUACAACUAAAUGGCGCACAGUGAUGCGGGCCCUGCCCCAGACCAUUGGCUUCCUCCUGCCGCUGCUGGUCAUGGUGUUCUGCUAUGGGCUCACCCUGCGCACACUGUUUCAGGCCCACAUGGGGCAGAAGCACCGGGCCAUGCGGGUCAUCUUUGCUGUCGUGCUCGUCUUCCUGCUCUGCUGGCUGCCCUACAACCUGGUCCUGUUGUCAGACACCCUUCUGAGGAUCGGGGCGAUCGAGGAUAGCUGUGGUCGCCGAAAUGACAUUGGUCGGGCCCUAGAUGCCACCGAGAUUCUGGGCUUCCUUCACAGCUGCCUCAAUCCCCUCAUCUAUGCCUUCAUUGGUCAGAAGUUUCGCCAUGGACUCCUCAAGAUCAUGGCCAUCCAUGGCCUGAUCAGCAAGGAGUUCUUGGCCAAGGAGAGCAGGCCUUCCUUUGUUGGCUCUUCUUCAGGGAACACUUCUACUACCCUCUAAGGCCCCUGCUGCUGUUGUAGCCCCACUGGGCUCCUCCCCUCCCAUCAGUACCUAAGCCUCAUGACUAUAGUCCACUGGCUAGUCACAGUCUCUGUGUCAAGACAGCCUCACACUGUGGUCACAGAAAGUUGCUGAGGCUCUGACUUUACCAGGUGCCCUGAUCUGGUUCAGAAAGCCUGGCCUGGCUCCCCACCCCUUACUGUAAUUACUAUGUCUGUGCUAGAGCUCUGUCCAUCCUACCACUGAGCCCAUAGCACUCUGUCCUCUGAGACAUUUCAAAGACAUCCUUUUAAGUGAGUUCUAAAAGUUCCCAACCAUGGGAGCCAUUAGUGACAAACACCGUAGUUGCUUCCCUAACUCCCACUCUCCUUGUUUGCUAGCAAAGUCUGUUUCCCUUAAGAGAGACCAAAAUUGACAAAUACUCACUUCUAUGAUUUCCCUAAGCUAGGAGUGGCCACAUCAUCCAGUUAUGGGUAGAAAGACUUACAGGCAAGAGUGUGCUAAUAAACCAGUCUCCUGGGGUGGGGGAGUCCUGAUUUGUAGUGUUUGCCAAGUCUCAUGUUAUAAAUGUUCCCACCAUGGCAAUUUCAAGGGUGGUGGUAUUCAACAACCAGCUCACAGAAUUCUAGAAAAUGUAAUAAUCUGUUUCCACAAGCAGGUACAAACUGGCUUCAGCAAAAACAUUGUUAAGGGAAUCUGCUGGGGCCAGGGGACUCUCGGGAAAUAUUCCUGAUAUUCCUGAUUUAAAAAAGAGAGAUGCACACACUUACACAUCUUUGAAUCUUGCCUUGUAAUAUGGUUAUAGGAUAUGAUAUGUGGCACCUCAGUGUGACAAUGAGGCAAAAAGCCUAACAUACAUAGGCUGAUGGAGCCAAAGGAUAAAAGAACCUGAAAAUCAAGAGCCCACAAAUAAACCUAAGCAAGCAUAAUAAUACAACUGGUCCCUUACCUUAUACCAGAUACAAAAAUUAACUCAAAAUAGAUUGAAGACCUAAACAGAGAACUAAAACUCUACAAAUCUCAUAAGAAAACAAAGGGAUAAAAGCUUUAUGACAUUGGAUUUGGGCAAUAAUUUCUUGGAUAUGACACCAAAAACAUAGGCAACAAAAGAGAAAACAGUUAAGUUGGUCUUUAUCAAAGUUAAAAACUUUUGUGCAUCCAAGGAUACUCUCAAGAGAGUAAAAAAGCAAACCACAGAAUGGGAGAAAAUAUUUGCAAAUCAUAUACCUUAUGAGGGGUUAAUAUCCAGAAUAUAUAAAGAAUUGCUACAACUCAACAGCAAAAACAAAACAAAACAAAAAGACAUUUAAAAAUGGGCAAAGGAUUUAGAGAAAAUAAAUUUCUCCAAAGAACACAUACAAAUAGCUAUGGAAAUGUAUAUACUAAUAAUUAUGGAAAUGGAUAUCAAAACCACAAUGAGGCACCACUUCACACCCAUUAGGAUGACCUUUGUUAAAACAAACGAAAGAAGUGUUGGCGAGGAGAUGGAGACACACUGGAACCCUUGUGCAAUGCUAGUGAGAAUGUAAGAUGGUGCAGCCACUGUGGAAAACAAUAUGGUGGUUCCUCAAAAAAUUAAACAUACAAUUAUUGUAUGAUCCAGCAAUUCCAUUUCUGAGUUAUAGCCAAAAGAACUGAAAGCAAAGACUCAAAUAGGUAUUUGUACACUAAUGUUCAUAGCAUCAUUAUUCCAGCAAUAGCCAAAAGGUGGAAAAAAUCCAAAUGUCCAUCAAUGGAUGACUGGAUAAAAUGUGGUGUAUAUACAAUGGAAUAUUUUUCAGUCUUAAAAAGGAAUGAAAUUCUGAUCUAUGCUAUACCAUGAAUAAACCUUGAAAAUAUUAUGCGAAGUGAAAUAAGCCAGACACAAAUACUGUAUGAUUCCAUGUAUAGGUGGUACCUAGAAUAGUUAAACUGAUAGAGACAGAAAGUCAAAUAGUGGUUACCAGAGGAUUGGGGGAGGGGGAAAUGGGUAGUUAUUAUUUAAAGGAUACAGAAUUCAGUUGGGGAUGAUGAAAAGGUUCUGGAGAUGGAUAGUAGUUAUAGUUAUACAACAAUGUGAAUAUACUUAAUGCCAUUAAACUGUACAGUUAAAAUGCUAAGCUUCAUUAUGCAUAUUUAACCACAAUUUUUUUUAAAAAAACCUACUUCAAAAAGAUAAACCCUGGAACCACCUACCUAUAACUUCCUGUUAAGUGAAAUAAAUGGUUUUUUUUGCACAAAUCA